AAAAGCAGAGAGAUCUUUCAUCGAAGAUGGUUCCUAAGAUCGCAUCAAUGGCGUCUACUAGACCUCUCUGUUCAAUUCCUUCUAUCUUCCUCUCUUUCUCUCUUCUCUUUGUCGUCUCGCUUCUCUUCUUCUUCUCCAAUUCCUUACUCUCCAACCCAAAUCCGAGAAUUUCACACAAUACUCUCCAAAACGGUAUCAAUGUCUAUGUAGCUGAGCUUCCAAGAUCCCUAAACUAUGGUCUUCUCGACAAAUACUGGUCCUCUUCUUCACCAGAUUCACGCAUACCCAGUGACCCAGAUCACCCGACCCGUAAAACCCAUUUACCCAAACCCGAUAAAUACCCACCGUACCCAGAGAAUCCGUUGAUUAAGCAAUACAGUGCCGAGUAUUGGAUCAUGGGAGACCUAGAAACCUCACCGGAGAAACGAAUUGGAUCUUUUGCUAAAAGGGUUUUUAGUGAAUCUGAUGCUGAUGUAGUCUUCGUGCCGUUCUUUGCGACUCUAAGUGCAGAGAUGGAGCUUGGAAAUGGAAAAGGUUCGUUUAGGAAGAAGAAUGGUAACGAAGAUUAUCAGAGACAGAGACAAGUUCUUGAUUUUGUCAAGAACACUGAAGCUUGGAAACGAUCCAAUGGUCGUGAUCACGUUUUUGUUCUAACUGACCCUGUUGCAAUGUGGCAUGUUCGUGAGGAGAUUGCUUUAUCGAUUCUUCUUGUGGUGGAUUUUGGAGGAUGGUUUAGGCAAGAUUCUAAGUCGUCUAACGGGACUAGCUUGCCUGAGAGGAUAGAGCAUACUCAAGUCUCUGUCAUUAAGGAUGUGAUAGUUCCAUACACGCAUCUGCUUCCUAGACUAGAUUUGUCUCGUAACCAGAGACGUCAUAGCCUUCUUUAUUUCAAAGGCGCUAAGCACAGACAUCGGGUAACUACUCUUAUACGAAACUCAUUUCUUUAUCUGAUACAUUCCAUUGUUCUUGUGAGUGAGUUCAUGGCUCAUGAGGGAGGGUUAAUCAGAGAAAAACUAUGGGACUUGCUGGUCGAUGAACCCGGCGUUGUCAUGGAAGAAGGUUUCCCUAAUGCAACAGGAAGGGAACAAUCAAUAAGAGGAAUGAGAAACUCAGAGUUCUGCUUACAUCCAGCCGGUGACACUCCCACUUCAUGCCGUCUCUUUGAUGCCAUUCAAAGUCUAUGCAUCCCUGUGAUUGUUAGCGACACCAUAGAGCUCCCGUUUGAGGGAAUGAUCGAUUACUCAGAAUUCUCGGUCUUUAUCUCUGUAAGUGAUGCAUUAACACCUAAAUGGUUGGCUAAUCAUCUCAGAAGGUUCUCUGAAAGAGAGAAGGAAACAUUCAGAGGUAGAAUGGCAAAGGUUCAGACAGUUUUUGUGUAUGAUAAUGGUCAAGCCGAUGGGAUUGGACCGAUCGAACCCCAUGGUGCGGUGAAUCACAUAUGGAAAAAGGUUCAGCAGAAGGUGCCAAUGGUGAAGGAAGCGGUGAUUAGGGAAAGGAGAAAACCAGCAGGUGCUUCUGUUCCACUUCGAUGUCAAUGUAUCUGAAUUAUGUAACCAAAUCCAAAAGAUAGAAAGUGUUCUUUUAUUUUUUGUCUUUUACUUUGUAUUUGUUUUGUUUACCAACAUUGUUAUGGCCACUUUAAAAUACAUGUUCCCUUGGGUU